AUGGCAAGAGAAUUUGUUUUGGAUUGCAUUCAUCUCAAACAGCUGGAGUUGAGAAUACAUAUGCCAAAGUUACCUGAUGAACAACAUUUCCCUGCUCACCUUACAACGAUAUCUCUAACCGGGUGUCGUUUGGAGGAGGAUCCGAUGCCGAUUCUAGAGAAGUUGCUGCACUUAGAUGAGGUUACUUUAUGGUAUCGUUCUUUCUCUGGGGUGAGAAUGGUUUGCUCGGCUGGUGGGUUUCCUCAGUUGCAUAAGCUUGUAUUAUGUGGACUAGAGGAGUGGAAAAAGUGGAUAGUAGAAGAAGGCUCCAUGUCACUUCUUCAUACUCUAGAUAUUAGGUGUUGGAGUAAGUUAAAGGAGCUUCCUAAUGGGCUGCGAUUCGUCACUUCUUUAAAGGAUCUAACUUCUAUAUUUAUGGGACGGCGAGUGAAAGAAAGAUUGUCGGAAGGAGGAGAAGAUUAUUACAAAUUCCAACACAUUCUUUCUGUUAUAUUCCAAAGAGAAUAUACAGAUGAGUGA